ACAAAGGUCGCUCUCCUGCAGUCAGCUUACCACAAUUCCCUGAGAUCUCCUAGGUGGCAGCUGCCUCCCUGAGACAGGCUCAUUCACCAUGACCAAACUGAGCGCCCAAGUCAAAGGCUCUCUCAACAUCACCACCCCGGGGCUGCAGAUAUGGAGGAUCGAGGCCAUGCAGAUGGUACCUGUUCCGUCCAGUACCUUUGGGAGCUUCUUCGAUGGUGACUGCUAUGUAGUCCUGGCUAUCCACAAGACGGGCAGCUCCCUGUCCUAUGACAUCCACUACUGGAUCGGCCAGAACUCGUCCCAGGAUGAGCAGGGGGCAGCUGCCAUCUACACCACGCAGAUGGACGACUUCCUGAAGGGCCGGGCUGUCCAGCACCGCGAGGUCCAGGGCAACGAGAGCGAGGCCUUCCGAGGCUACUUCAAGCAGGGCCUUGUGAUCCGGAAAGGGGGCGUGGCUUCUGGCAUGAAGCAGGUGGAAACCAAUUCCUACAACAUCCAGCGGCUGCUGCACGUUAAGGGCAAGAGGAACGUGGUGGCUGGAGAGGUGGAGAUGUCCUGGCAGAGUUUCAACCGAGGGGAUGUAUUCCUCCUGGACCUUGGGAAGCUUAUCAUCCAGUGGAACGGACCCGAGAGUAAUCGCAUGGAGAGACUCAGGGGCAUGACCCUGGCCAAGGAGAUCCGAGACCAGGAGCGUGGCGGGCGUGCCUCUGUGGGAGUGGUGGAUGGGGAGAAUGAAGCAGCAUCCCCACAGCUGAUGGAGGUGAUGAAUCACGUGCUAGGCCAGCGCCGGGAGCUGAAGGCAGCCAUUCCUGACACAGUGGUGGAGCCGGCACUCAAGGCUGCCCUCAAGCUGUAUCAUGUGUCUGACUCCGAGGGGAAACUGGUUGUUAGGGAGGUCGCCACACGUCCACUCACACAGGACCUGCUAAGUCACGAGGACUGUUACAUCCUGGACCAGGGGGGCCUGAAGAUCUACGUGUGGAGGGGGAAGAAGGCCAACGAACAGGAGAGGAAGGGAGCCAUGAGCCAGGCGCUGAAUUUCAUCACAGCCAAGCAGUACCCACCAAGCACACAGGUGGAGGUGCAGAAUGAUGGGGCUGAGUCAGCCAUCUUUCAGCAGCUCUUCCAGAAGUGGACAGUGCCCAACCGGACCUCAGGCCUGGGCAAAACCCACACCAUGGGCUCUGUGGCCAAGGUAGAGCAGGUGAAGUUUGAUGCCACGUCCAUGCAUGUCCAGCCUCAGAUGGCUGCCCAGCAGAAGAUGGUAGACGACGGGAGUGGGGAGGUGCAGGUGUGGCGCAUUGAGAACCUAGAGCUAGUGCCUGUGGAUCCCAAGUGGCUAGGCCACUUCUACGGAGGCGACUGCUACCUACUUCUCUAUAGCUACCUCAUUGGCGAGAAGCAGCACUACCUGCUCUACAUUUGGCAGGGCAGCCAGGCCAGCCAGGAUGAAAUCACAGCCUCGGCCUAUCAAGCUGUCAUCCUGGACCAGCAGUACAAUGAUGAACCCGUCCAGAUCCGGGUCCCAAUGGGCAAGGAGCCGCCCCACCUUAUGUCCAUCUUCAAAGGACAAAUGGUGGUCUACCAGGGAGGCACCUCCCGAGCUAACAACUUGGAGCCUGUGCCCUCCACGCGGCUAUUCCAAGUCCGGGGAACCAGCGCCAACAACACCAAGGCCUUUGAGGUUCCAGCCCGGGCCGCUUCCCUCAACUCCAAUGACGUCUUCAUCCUCAAGACCCCAUCCUGCUGCUACCUAUGGUGUGGGAAGGGCUGCAGUGGAGAUGAGCGGGAAAUGGCCAAGAUGGUUGCUGAUACUAUCUCCCGGACGGAGAAGCAAGUGGUAGUGGAAGGGCAGGAGCCAGCCAACUUCUGGAUGGCCCUGGGCGGGAAGGCCCCCUAUGCCAACACCAAGAGACUGCAGCAAGAAAACCUGGUCAUCACUCCCCGGCUCUUUGAAUGUUCCAAUCAGACUGGACGCUUCCUGGCCACAGAGAUCUUCGACUUCAGUCAGGAUGACUUGGAAGAGGAUGAUGUGUUUCUGCUAGAUGUCUGGGACCAGGUCUUCUUCUGGAUCGGGAAACAUGCCAAUGAGGAGGAGAAGAAGGCCGCAGCCAUCACUGUGCAGGAAUAUCUCAAGACCCACCCUAGUGGCCGUGACCUUGACACCCCCAUCAUUGUGGUGAAGCAGGGACACGAGCCCCCCACCUUCACAGGCUGGUUCCUGGCUUGGGAUCCCUUCAAGUGGAAUGACACCAAAUCCUAUGAGGACCUGAAAGCGGAGCUCAGCAACUCUACGGACUGGAGCCAGAUCACUGCUGAGGUCACAAGCCCCACAGUGGACAUGUUCAAUGUUAAUACCAGCCUCAUUUCUGGGCCUCUGCCCAUCUUCCCUCUGGAGCAGCUGGUGAAUAAGCCUGUGGAGGAUCUCCCUGAAGGUGUGAACCCCAGCAGGAAGGAGGAGCAUCUGUCCAUGGAAGAUUUCACUGAGGCCUUCGGAAUGACUCCAGCUGCCUUCUCUGCCCUGCCUCGAUGGAAGCAACAAAACCUCAAGAAAGAAAAAGGACUAUUUUGAGAAGGAAGAGUAGCAGUGGCUGUAAAACAGUACCCUAUUCUGCUUGGGGGCUUUCAUUUUGUUUUUAUCAAUUACUAGCCCUAUGUCAAUUGAAGCGAAAUUUUACAGUAUGUGCCUAUGAACAGUUCUGUGGCAAUGUCACUUUUGUUUAGUCAUCUACCUAUUUUCUGCAGAAAAGAUUAUACCCUCUCACAAGGA